GUGGUUUUCCUAUGGAGAUUUGGAUUCUCAUGCAAACACAUGUCAACUUGGAUUGUUGGACUACGUUGUUUCUUCGUUCCACCAGUUUCAAAAUACAGCACCAAAAAUGGUUGAAAUUACAGCCUUGCUUAUUGGUGAAGAGGAUACUGUUCAUGACGCUGCCCCUAUUCUUCAAGAAAGCCUUUUGAAAUUCGGCCGUGCAACCAUCAUGACAAGUGACUUGAGCCAUGCUGCAACGCAUCUCAAUAGCUAUUGUUUUCAUUUGGUUGUUUUCCACUUGGGUUCAACGCCGUCUUCAGCAGAAGCAGAAACCCUCAAACUCAUUAGGACAAAAAGCAGCCAGAAUGUUGACAAAAUGAUUUCUAUACUUAUUAUUCCUGAAUUGUAUGCAGAGGAUGUCUCAAGCGACACAGCAGAGUUUAUCCUAAUGGAGCCACUCUCUCAGGAUAAGCUGGCGAGAGUCCUUAUUGACUGCCAGUUUCUUACCAGAGGCCAAAGUGACUCGGAUGUAACUCCGGUUUCUUAUGCUGAACCAGUGCAGAGAGGUUUGGAACUACCCAGCUUCCAAGGUGGUCUUGUGUCAUCUGUCUUUAAAAGCUCCGAGUGGCCAGACACUGGCAUGGUCUGUGGAAGUCAGCCUUCGUUCUCUGAAGAGAUUACUUGCAUGUCAGAAGCUCUUCUUCAUUCUAGAAAAGAGCACACAAGGAGGCUGCAAAUUAAAGAGUGUUGUGACCGCCUGCGUGCUCUCCUUCCGAAUAUAAAGGACAACUGGAUUGAUACUGCGUCUGUUCUUGAGAUGACUGUGGAGUAUAUGAGGUACCUUCAGAACAAGGUGCCAGAGGAAGUUUUGUCACAGGUGGCUAAAUUAAUGGGAGAAAACCGGACUGGACGAUGGUGGAAACAAACUAAAACCCCAUUGCAACCAACUAAACCCCAACUGAAAGGGAAAGAACGUAACAUAAAGAAAAGUAAAUGCAAAAAAGACAAAAACCCCAAAGCUGGAAGAUUUAAAGCAAAGAAACCCAAAGCCGAUUACCUGGCAGCAAACUCCUUGGGAAGAUGCAUACUUCCUGCAGUAGACAGAAGCUCCAAACUGAGGCCGACUGGCCAGCCUGCUGCUCCUGCAGUCAUAAUUCCUGAUUCCAACCCAAACUCUGCUGAAGUGCUAUUCCAGGAUUUCCCAGCACAGCAGUAUCCUGAAGGAAUAAAUGUCACUUUUGAAAGCUUCUGUACCACUGCAAAUGUCCCUAUACCUGUACCUGGUAAAGAGCAUCUCCCAUUGUUCCCGAAUCCAGGGCCUUGCUUGCAGUACACUGCCUUCAAUCCCACAUUGCUCCCAAAUCCAGGGCCUUGCUUGCAGUACACUGCCUUCAAUCCCCCAUUGCUCCCAAAUCCAGGGCCUUGCUUGCAGUACACUUCCUUCAGGCCCAGACACAUUCCAACAGGGUGUCUGGAAAGUUCCCAUGCCUGUGGUCCUCCAAUGCUUUACUCACAAGAGCCACUUUUUGGUGGGGCCUGGCUACCCUCUCUGUCUUGUGCGGGCAGAUCCUCUCCUGCUGGUUCUAACUGCCACCUGCCAGAAGAGAACACACACUUCUGUGUACUUGAGCAGUGUUAUAGCGGCAACCCAGUCUGUACAGAACUAUCAAGGUCUGCUCAAGGAACUGAAUUCAAAUGGCAUUCAAGCAUAACUGAAGUGGGAGAGAUGACUUCAGGUGUCCCACUGCACAGCUGUCCAAUUGAAGAUGUUUAAUGAUGCCACUGCACAGGUGUAGGCAUGUUCAUGGUCUGAAAUUUCUUUUGGAAAGUGAAAGAUAAUGCCUAAGUUUCUGUUUUUGUAUUUGUAAGGACCUUUUUGCUGAAGAAAUAUUAAAUGGAGAAACACAGCAACAAGAGAGAAUGUGUAGCUGUUGCAGAGUAAUGUGACUACCCUUUUCCUGUAAAAUGACAUUAUUUUAUUAUUUCUGGUAAUUUAAGCAUUGGGGAUUUCUUUAUACUGGAGACAUAACAUUUUUGCUUGGUUCUUGGGUUUGUAUUUACUGUUAUAUAAAUAAAUGUCUUGAUUUCUUUAUAAAUUAUUUAUUUAAAGUAAAUAUCAUAUGUUACUGCUUUCUACUGUAAAUGCUGCUUUAUGUUUGUGAAAUUCUGUUUCUGUAACAAUCAGCUUUGCAAACAAAACCAUGCCAAGAGGUUGGAUAAUUAUAGUUUCAAAAUGUAU